AUGGUGUUAGGAAUGAUAAAUGAGAUUCAACAACAUCUUGAUGCAAGGUAUAUUGGACCUCCAGAAGCUGCUUGGCGAAUAUUUGGUCAUCAUUUGCAUGCAGAGAUGCCAACAGUUGUACGAUUGGCACUUCAUUUACCUGGAAUGCAUCGCGUUGUUUUUAACCCAGAAGAGUCAUUAGAAACGAUUCAAUCCAGAGCUGGUCAACAAAUGUCAACUCUUAUUGGCUUUUUUGCAUAUUGUGCUAGCAGUGAAGAAGAAUGUCCAUUCACUUAUCAAGAAUUUCCACAGCAUUAUGUUUGGCUCAAGUCGGAAAAGAGAUGGAAAUCAAGAGAAAGGGGAUAUGCAAUUGGUAGAAUGUACUUUGCUAGCCCUAAUUGUGGUGAAAGAUUUUAUCUGCGUUUGUUAUUAACCGUUGUCAAAGGACCAAAGUCGUUUCAGUCUUUACGCACGGUCGAUAAUGUUGUGCACGAUACAUUUAAAUUAGCAUGUGUUGCAAUGGGGCUUUUAGAAGAUGAUAAAGAAUGGAUACAAUGCUUGAAAGAGGCUGCAGUUAUGAAAACUGGAUAUCAAUUGAGGAGAUUGUUUAGUAUUAUUCUCACCCAGUGCUCUCCACUAAAUCCAUGCAAAAGUUUAAUUGACUUCUCACCCAUGCCACAACCUACUGCAAAUUGGAGUGCAGUAGUUGGGAAAACAUUUCUGUACAAUACAAUUGCAUUAAAAUGUCGCAACCUUGGGUAUAUCGUUGUUACUGUGACUUCAUCUGGAAUUGCAUCAUUGUUACUGGUAGGAGGUCGCACUGCACAUUCAACAUUUUCCAUUCCAUUAGAUGUCUUGGACAAUUCGAAUUGUGGGCUUAGCAAACAAUCAUUACAAGCUGAGUUAUUUAGAGAAACAAAACUCAUAAUUUGGGUUAAAGUUCCUAUGCAACAUAGACAUUGUGUUGAGGCGGUUGAUCGUACAUUGAGGGAUAUUUGUGAUAGUAAAAAGCCAUUUGGGGGUAUUAUUGUUGUUCUUGGUGGAGACUUUCGACAAAUCUUACAAGUUAUACCCAAAGGAGUUCGUGAGCAAAUUGUGAAUGCAUCAUUAAGACACUCUGUUCUAUGGAAACAUAUACAUAUCUUAACUUUGGAUUUGAAUAUGCGCUUGAAUCGUGAAGGCCAUAAAAAUGCUAAUUUUGCAAAUUUCUUGAUGGAGGUAACACUACUUUAA